UCCUUGAUAAAAAUCAAAUAAAAAAUAACUGUAAACAACGGAUAAAAUCUAUUCCAUUGGACUUUAUUCUUUCCUAGAUGUUUCAGAAAUGAUUAAAACCACUACUUUCGGAUUGACUUACACUUUCUCAUCUCUGCUGCUAGUCCUCUUGAUCGCUCAACAAAGCUUGGCUCAAGGCAACGACACUUUCAAUCCGAAUACUUUGUGUCCUUUGCUAGCGAAUGGUACCAAAAUCAAGGAUCCUCGUUACUGCAAUGUCUAUAUUGUGUGUAUGAAUGAUACCAGCGUAUCGGGUUCCUGUGGCGAUCAGUUUUUUGAUCUCAAUACUGGCUUGUGUGUAGAUCCCGAUACGAUCGAUUGCAUUUCCAGUAAUCCUUGUGCCAAACAAUCUACUGGAUUUGCGCCAGAUCCUUACAGCUGCAAUGGUUACUAUUAUUGCAGCAAUGGCGUGGGAACACACGGAGAAUGUUCCUCUGGCUUGAAUUACAAUCCAGAUACAAAUAAUUGUAUCCGCAACUUUCCAUGUGAAAUAACCAUGCUGCCAGACGAUUAUUGUAAUAUUGUGCCCGUGGGAGCUUUCAUCAAAGUUCCCGAUUCAUGUACACAAUAUCAGACAUGCUGGCAAUCGCAAUUACUUAAUGGUACUUGUCCAACGGGAUUUUUGUUUGAUGCCUUCAGGGGCGAUUGUGAUUAUCCGCAAAAUGUCAACUGUGUGGAUAAAAAUAAUCCGGAAAUACCGGUCGAAGUUAGUUGCAACCAAACGGGAGUUUUUAUUUCGGAUGGCGUAACCUGUAAUGGCUAUUUCUAUUGUGGUGAGAAAAAUGACGAAGGAGAUUAUAAAAUGAUUCAUGGCAACUGUCCGGUGGAUCGUUUUUUUGUCGCUACAAAUGGUGGCGAGUGUUUACCUCGUACCAGUAUACGCUGUCCCUAUGAUCGUUGUGUUACCUUGGGCUUGGAUUUUAUGCAAAUGGCAAAUAUUGAUGACGAUGGUUGUAUAGGCUUUGCCAUAUGUCAGUAUGGCAAAGAAAUUUCUAGAGCAGAAUGUCCGCAAGGACAAUAUUUCGAUGAAAUGGCUCAACUAUGUGUUGAUGAAGAGAUAACAUAUGCGGCUUGUUCAACAUCACCAAGUUCGACGACUACAAGUUCAACCACAGGAUCCACAAUAAUUACAAGUUCUUCAACUAUUUCUAGUACAACCACAACAACGGCCUCUUCUCAAAUAUAUACUUCCACUACAGCCACAACAGAAGCUGCAGAUUCUGUUAAGGUACCAACUUAGAUAUUGAUUUGUUGAUGUCUCAUCAAAAUGUAACCAAAAUUGCUAAUAAAUCUUAAAUACGGCUAUAACUCCA